UUGCGUGAAUCCGGUUGAGUUCGAGCAACCGAUUCCCAAGAAAGAAGACCGACUGUGCGUAUUUACUAUUGGCCAGGAGGAUUAACAGGAGGGGGCGGCGGCCUCACUGGCGGAGAGUCACUGAUGCUCAUCCAGGACGAGGGAACGCUGGCGAUAAUGCUCAAAAGGUGGCUUCUCGAGACAUUUGUUGAAGAUGGAAAAAUGUUAUUUUUGACUUGGAGCCCAUGGAUUGAACAAAGAUGAGCGAAGACUCCGAGGCUACUCCACUGCCAGCGGUGAACACUGGAUGACGUUUUACAAUUUGAUGCAACUCAUACGCCGGAUAACCACUUUGAGCGUCGGCGUCCAUAAUGACCAGCGGGCCAGGGAGUCUCAAACAGGAGGUGGGGAGGAAGUCCAUGGUGCGGCCUAGUUAGGUAACAGUAAAAAUCAAGAGUAAGCUUUCCAGGCAAACCCUCCUCCAGCUAUUCUCUCUUUAUGUGAACCGUGGAAAUCCCCUCUUGUGCAUUUUUACCUCCAUCUGUUUGCCUGCACAUGUAUCAACUUGAUCGCAUCUUCCUCUCCUGCCUUUCCUUUUAAUCACUCGGGCGGUUACGUCACGUUUGCUGCACGGCCGGCGGCUCAUCACCUCCCGACCCGCCUCCCCACCAGAGGCGUCCGCCCUGCCCCGUGGCCGCCGCGCCGCAUUCAUCUGCCCUUCCCCGUGGCCACUGUGCCGCAUUCGUCCGCCCUGGUGCCUUCGGCCAUGCCGGAGCGCAUGUCGCGCCGCUCCCGCUCCCUGCUCUCCCUGACCUUGACCUCGCUGGCCCUGGCGCUCUCCAUCCUGGCCCUGUGCACCUCCUACUGGUGCGAGGGGACCCACAAGGUGGUCAAGCCUCUCUGCCUGUCGCCCGUCAAGAUGAAGAACUGCGGGCAGAACAAUAGCGAGCCUUACACCACAGAGAGCCCGACCCAAAACCCUUUCAACCGCACACUGUCUCCAGCCAGACGUGAGGAGUUGGCCAAGAUCCGCCAGAGGCAGCUGGCCAACGCUGUUCACUACAUUUGGGAGACGGGCGAGGACAAGUUCGCCUUCAGAUAUUUUCACACCGGCUUUUGGGAAAGCUGCGAGAAACACAGUGAUGGGGAGAAAUGCCGAAGCUUCAUCGAGUUGACUCCAGGGGAGACGCAAGGUGUGCUUUGGUUGUCGGUCAUCUCCGAGUUCACGUACAUCGGCCUGCUGGGGAUGGGCUUCUUGCUCAUGUGGCUGGAAGUCUUGUGCUCGCACAAGGAGAUUCACUCACUGAAAAUCAGUGCCUAUGCUGCGAUGUGCACUGUGCUCUCAGGUCUUCUCGGGAUGGUGGCCCACAUGAUGUACACCACCGUGUUCCAGAUGACGGUCAUCGUGGGCCCCAAAGACUGGAGGCCUCAGUCGUGGGACUACGGCUGGUCUUUUGCUCUUGCCUGGGUGUCCUUCAGCUGCUGCAUGGGCGCCGCCGUGGUCACGCUCAACUCCUACACCAAGACCAUCAUCGAGCUGCGCCGCAAGCAGAGGCUUCGUCUGGAGGAGGCCAGAGCGGCCGCCCGGGCCCCCUGCUACGAGGAAGUGGUCUCUGGCGGCGGCGGGGGUGGCGGUGGCGCGGGGGGCUUCUACUCGGUCAGCGGCCUGCUGCAGUGUCCCGACGGCAUGAUCGACGUGGCCUGGGCCCCCAACGGCAGCGUGGUGGGAAACGGGGACGUACCGACGCUGGUUUUAGUGGGAGGCUGCGGUACGGAUGGCUGUGAGGACUGCGAGAGAGAGAUGGAAGGGCCCGUGGACAGAGUGGACUCCCCUUGCUGAAAGCUGGGAGACUCACGGACAAGGUGAAGGAAACAUUUGUUGAACUCUGCACAUCAAGUCUGACCAUAUGGAACAGAGGCCAAACGACUUGCAGGGACAGAUGUUCUCUGUGGGGGGUUCCUCAGUGCCUCACGGGAGGAAGGCGCGUUACACAUUCAACAGACACUUCAUUAGGUACACCCGCACAACCGAGUGACAGCCAAUAAGAGACUAUUGUAAAUCAAUAAUAAACCUCUCAAGGAAAUGGAUUGUAGAAUAAACUCAGAAUCAGACAUUCGUUCCAGUCUUGCAAAAAAAAAAGAAAGAGUCAAGAUUACAUUUUGAAUGCUGGUAUAAGAAACCCGUUUGCAGACAAACCUGAGCACGAGAUGAACAUAUACAGUAGAUAGAUGGGCCGAGAGAGAAAGAUUAUAGAGAUUUUCAAAAGUCUGCUCUCUGAUGUUGAACAGAAGAUUAUGUGUAAAGCAGUAAUCCACAGUUGGACGCAAAGACGGGCAAGUAGAGAUGGGUCGGGAGGUUUUCUGAGGGGGGCGGGGGUCAAGGAAAGUUGGAAAGAGGCGCUGGCACGCACACACAAAACGAAUCUUAGUGACAAUACACGUGGAGAAUGUGCACAACACUCCCUGUCAGGAAAGCUCAAAUUGUCCUACUGUCCAUUAAAUAGAGCCAAAUUCAUUAUAAUGACUUUAGGUUACACAUUUGGGAUAAUCCAGGAUUUGCCGUCUGGGGAUAAAUACAAUUGAAAAGUGUCAUCAACAAUUUUAUCACUCGCCACCAGCACUGCUAUCAGGUACUUCUACUGUAAACUACGAUAUUUCUUAAACGUACUCGUUCAUCUGUCAUUUAUCCUCACAAAUAUAAUAUGGUGAACAGUUAAAAAUGUACUAUGCUUUUUUAAAAAUGGUUGUCCACGUUUACAUGACAAUAAAUCGUACAUUCAAA